AUGGCCGAGCUCAAAAUUGGCUCGAAGGAACGAAGGAAAAGUUUCAGCAUGUUCAGCCCAGCCUCAACAUCCUCAGCCCCACUUCUACGACCUCCGAUUCACGACCGAACCCCCUCUGAUGAUACCUUCUCGAAGAAUAAGAAGUCCCGUCGCAACUCGGGCUUUUUUGGCCGGUCCCAAAGCCCGAAUCGAUGGUCAACGGGACCCAAUGUCCUCCGCCGACCAGGCACUGCGGGAGAGACAGCCGCCUGGUCUGCGGCUAUGUCCUCUGCAGCCACGCCCACCCUGGAAGUUCCUCAACCACGUCGCAAGUCAUUGCAGAAGAAGCGCAAUUCGGUCUUUGGAUCUUUGAAGUCACUUCAUUCUCUGGAAGACGAUGACCCUCUCAGUGCCUCCGUUGGGUCAUUGGGCGACGAGCAUUCCGGGAUUAGUCCCCGAAAUGGGAUCUGGUCCUCCGCCAUCCUCCAUCAUGGAGCACUCCAAACGACAGGCGGUAUGUGGCGAAAGAAGAGCCAGUACCUGGUCCUCACCGACAGCCACAUAAUUCGUUUCAAAAACCAGGCCAAGGCGGCCGACUCCUUCCCUUCAAUCCCGCAUUCGUAUGCACGGGCUCCUGCCUCGCAUCGCCAAUCCGUCGCCUCAAUUAGUUCACUGCAGGACAUGCAGCUCUUGGUUGCAGAACCCUCUGCAGGGAUUCCGUUGAACAGCAUUAUUGCAGUGUACAUGCUGGAGGACGCCCGAGUCUCCCCCCACGGUGGAGUUCAAAUGCAGACAUCUGACCUCCAGGAACUACAGCUUUGGAUGGUGGGUAUUCGCCAAGCCGCACAGAUGGCACGGGCAAACGACCCUCUACCUUUCGACCGGGGCUCGGUUGAGUAUGUAACAAGGAUGUUGGAACAUGAACGAGAUUACGACCCGGCUGUAUUCCGAAUGUUCCGGGUCAUACAGAUUGCCUCCAGCAAGUCUCCUACACGUUCGUCUUCCGAUGACCUGACCAAACUGUCGCCUACUGGCUGCUACCUCGCCAUUGGACUGCACAAGGUCCACUUGAUUCCGAUGCAGAAAGCAGCCAAUCGAUCGUCCGUUGUGUCGUUGUCUGACCUGGAGACCACCACAUCAUUUGGCCUUAUGAAUCUGACUGGUCUGUCAAUGGAAUACGGGGACGAUAGUCUGCAUUUAACUUUCCGUACCCCUUUGAAGAAAGCGUUCAAUGUGUUCCUUGCUUCAGUUCAUUCGGUCGAAGUUGCUUGUUGGAUCCGACAACAUACCGAGUACCUGCGCCCAUUGUGGACACAACAGCCGUAUGAUUUCGUGGUACCACGUGAGCUACAGAACGAAAACUUUCCACCUGCUGCUCUGGAUGAAGAUUAUGGCUGCUUCGACCGCACAUUAGUUGCUUAUUCGGCUAGUUAUGACGUCGAUACAUCCAACAUUCGGUAUACCAUCGACUUGGAAUGUGAAGAUGCACCAUGCUUUCGCCUUCUUCGACCAGCAUCUUCAAAAACUUCGCGCUACAGUGCGCAUGAGCUGAUCGCUGUUAUGCGUGCUCUCCGAUACAAUGAAUCAUUUCGAUCGAUCUCGUUCCGUGGGGUAAACCUCGAUGCAUUGCAGGGUCUUCGUGAUGUACUUGGGGUGGAUGUUGAUGUUCAUCUUGACCGAACUGGGUCCCUCGUAAACAUCCCAGGGCAGACCAAUUUGACUGUUCUGUCCCAGGAGGUGCGUGCCUUGGCAUUGAAGAGCCAAUCACUUCGUCGACUCGACUUCUCGUACUGUCUAACACGAACGCCAACUCCAACUCUGGACAAAGGUAGCCGGGACCCUGGCUGUGGCAUCCCUGAGGCUAUUUUCCCAGUUUGUCGUCGUGAAUUAACCAAUGUGGAUUGGGUUGUAUUGAAUGGAAUCAAACUGGGCGAGUCUGACCUGGACUAUCUAGUCGACGCCGCAUCGCAGAGACGAAGCCAUUUGCGAGCUUUGGAGGUCGGCGAUUGUGGGCUAUCUGUGCACGAAAUAGACCUCUUGCUGUCUACCAUCGUUGCUCAGGAGUCAACUCUCGAAGCCAUCAACAUCUCGGGGGUGCAAGGCCGUUUGAAUCCCGAUGUGCUGCAGCAGUAUAUUGGGUACUUUGGCCAGAUUAGGAAGGUCAAUCUUUCUCGCAUACCCAGGACAUCGGGCUCUGACCCUCUAAUUACAGCAGAGAUGCUGUUCAAUUGGCGGCUUGAAGAACUGAUUCUCAGUCGAACAGCGGUGAACCGCGAAACUGUGGACUCUCUCGCUACUUAUCUGGCCAGUGAUCGGUCCCAAAAUCUUCGCACACUUCGCCUUGAUCAGUGUGGCCUGACUGGAGAGGAUGUUGCCAUGUUCAUGCAUUCGAUGUUUGCCGGCCCAGGCAGACCGCGAAGCCUCCAUUUGCAUGUCAACGAGAAUCGUCUUGACAAUGGCUGUUCUUUCCUUUUCGAUGCGAUCGCUAAAAACCUGACUCCGUCCCAUCUUUCCAUGCAGAUGAUUGACUUCAAGAAAGAAGAGCACUUCCGACAGUUGGUCGAUGCGGUGCGCAAAAACAAUACUCUUCGCUAUCUGGAUAUCUCGAAAGCUUCUCUUCCAUAUGAUGCUGGUCCGGAGACCUGUCGAGCGCUCCAGUUGAUGUUUGAGGAGAAUGAUACCCUCGAAGCUUUGGACAUUAGCGGAGAGAGUGCGCAUCUAGACGUUGCACGCUUCGGAAUUGGUCUCAAUCUUGCACUGACUGGUCUGAAGAAGAACACAUCACUCAAGGUCCUGAAGAUUGAGCAUCAAAAACUCGGCCUUCAGGGCGCAAACACGUUGGCAUCUGUACUUGAGGAAAACGAAUCUCUACGAGAAGUACACUGCGAGAACAACGACAUCAAUCUACAGUCAUUCACAGUACUGGUAAAUGGUCUGCAAUGCAACCGUACCCUGCUCAGCCUCUCCAAUAUGAACCGAGACCGACAUAUGUCUCUCGACAAGGUUCGUCGAGAAGUUGACAAUGUUCGUUGGGAUGCGGGCACCACUCAUAGCUCGACGGCAAGCUCGAUUCGUCGUUCUUUGCAUGCAGCCAUGGGUACUAAGAGUCACCGUCUAAGCAAACACCAACCAGCCAACUUUUCCGCAUCGCCUACGGAGAACUCGCAACUUGCAGCUCAGAACGUGGAAUUCAUUCUGCAGUCCCUCCACCGCAAAUGGGAUAUGGAAAUUUCUCGGUUGCAGAGGUACCUCCUGCGUAACUACAAUGUUACUCAUGGAAUCGAAGAUCCAGAAACAGAUGAUGCUGCUAGCGAUGGACGUCCUGGGACCGCAGCAAGCCUGGGAACAAUGCUCGAUAACUUCAAGUUCGAAGUUGCCGUGUCUGCAGACGAAGUUCAUGCCUCUCCCCCUGACGAUUCCGCUGCAUCAAUCCACCUCCCCCAGGAAGUCACGGCUCUACCCUCAACCGAACGCCGCGAUUCAGAGCCUAGACUCAAGGUCCCAUCUAAGACCUCGCGCACGGCCAGCCGAAUGAAGAGCGUGCCCAACCUGCGACCACAAACCGCCCGCACAUCACAAAUCAUGCCUCCGGGUUACGGUUCUUCCAGCCCUUCUUCCGCGCGCCUCGCCCUUCCCGUCCCUCCUCUACCCUCAGCGGUGACCAAGGCAAGCAGUGUUCGCAGUGCCCGCAGCUCCAGCACCGUCUCAACUGGCACUGGUAGCGCGCGCAGUACAUACGGGACAGCUUCGUCCUCUCUAAGAAACUUCCUGACUGGCAGCGCCUUGAAGGAGCGACGACGAGUGGAGUCGAUACGCCCUAUUCGUGUAUCAAAUGUAUCAAAUGACAGCCCCCCCACAGCUAGACUGGGCACCGCCAAAACUCGAUUUGCAGGAGCUACAGUAGCUUCCCUUCGCUAUGCCCGGACCAUGCGAGAUGUACAGCAAGGGAAUCAAUCUCCCACCACACCCUACCUAUAUCACACCUCCCGUUCACUUCUCCACGAAGCAUGUCUUCAGAAAUUCCUGUAUAGGAUUCUCGAGCGCACACGACUUUCUCGCCUCCUAUAUAUGGAUCUUUGCCAGGUUGAGCUUUUCUGA